AGAUCACCUUUUUUUCUGGACUGAUCCUGUCAGCAACUUGCAUGGUGUUGCACCAGCAACAGCCACUGAUACCGCAGGUUCAAUAUGACAAUCCGAAUUACAACUUCGCGUAUGACGUCAACGACGACUAUACCGGGGAUAUCAAGAGUCAGCAGGAAAGCAGACGAGGUGACACUGUAUUGGGCCAGUAUUCUUUGCUUCAACCGGACGGAAUCAGGAGAACUGUGGAUUACAGAGCCGACGACCACGCUGGUUUCCAAGCUAAUGUCAACAGCCAAGGCCUACCUGUAUCCCAACAUGCCAAUGUUGGCUAUCCUGCUUCGGAUCCUCAACUGAAUCAAGUCUACCAACAUGCAACCCCAACCUCUUCUCCAAUCCCAGUAGCAGUAUCUAGGACAUCGUAUGUUCAGACCAUUUCAAGUCAUGGACACAAUCUGUGGGCUUAA